AUGGAACAGUUGCAGGAUUUGGUUCGGUGGUAUGUCGAUACUCGUCCGUUGACCUCAACGACCGCAACUCUUCCUCUAUUGGAUACCCUCCAACCAGCGGACCAGGAGACAGCAAAAAAAUACUACCACUUGUCCGACAAGCACAUGUCACUCGCAUCGUACUUGCUGAAAUAUCUCUUUAUCCAUCGAACAUGUCGUAUUCCAUGGAAAGAAGUCAGUAUCAGUCGUACUCCCGCACCUCAUAGUCGGCCGUGUUUCAUUCCUUCGCCCUCCAUUCUGAACAACGGCCAGCCGAUUCCCAGCAUUGAGUUCAAUGUCAGCCACCAGGCAUCUCUUGUCGGACUUGCGGGAACAACUACACCAUCCUCGCCCAAUAUCCCUGGCACGCAACCAACAACUGCUGUCUUUGCACAGCCAAAUCCUUCUUCUACUCCAAUCUCAUCCGUUCCCCAGGUCGGAAUCGAUAUUACGUGCGUGAAUGAACGGAGGAACGGAAAAAGCAACGGUCCAACUACGAUUCAGGCAUUCAGAGAAUUCGUAGAUAUUUUCGCGGAGGUCUUCUCGCAGCGUGAAUUGGAGACGAUCAAGACCCUGCCACCUGGUUGUUCGGUAGACGAGGCCGUACAGGCUGGCUUGCGGCUGUUCUACACGUACUGGGCGCUCAAGGAAGCGUAUAUCAAAAUGACAGGAGAGGCACUUCUUGCUCCCUGGUUGCGGGAGUUGGAGUUUACGAACGUCGUCGCGCCGAGUCCGAAAUUUGGCCAAUCGUCGGGAUGGAAUAAUCCGUACACAGGUGUUCAGGCCUGGCUGUACGGUAAAAUAGUGGAAGACGUGAGGAUUGACGUCGUUGCCUAUGAGAAGGAUUACAUUGUUGCAACUGCGGCGAGAGGUGGAGGGAUUGGAGCUGGCAGUCAUCCAGCCGUGGACGGCACCGAUUCAACCGACCCUUGGCAGCAGAUGCAAAAGAUUGAUAUUGAGAAAGAUAUCGCGCCUUGUGCAACAGGAUCGUGUCGCUGCCUAGAUUAA